UUAGUGGGCAUGCCUCUCUGAAAUUUGAAGCCCGACCCAUUUGCUUGGAAAUUCCAAUCAACGUCUAAAAAGUUGCCUUGUAGACGGAGGAGGAACAGUCAUUGAUAUGAAUGGUGGACUAUAAAUUAGACAGAGAGAGAGAGAGAGAGAGGGACCAAGUUAGAGGACAAUCAACAAGAAGCACAAGUUGGGAUUUAUGGUUGUAAGUGAAUGAGCCAGAUUCUUGGCUGUGUUAUCUCAUCUCUUCUUCUGAUUUCCUUUUUAUUUUAGGGUUUUGCGUGUUGCCCCCAUCUGUUUUUCUUCUUUAUCUUGAGCCACUUGAGGAGGAUACCUGUGUUUUUCUCAUCUGGGUCUCUAAUGGCGAGGUGGGUCUUAUCUGAAUGUGGUGUUAAGUCCCUCCCCAGGAUCUACCCUCGCCCUUCUAGGAAUGGCCUUGCUUCUAGGACUUGCAUGGUGUCUGAGAUUAGGUCCUCGUCGGUGCCCUCUAAACCCCACUUUCUCCGUUCUUCUUUGAGUCUUUCCACUAAGGGGAAGAGUUGGGCGCUGAAUGUGAGUGCUCCCGUGAGAGUUGCUUCUGUUGAUGAGGAUAAUGAGAAGGAUAAGGUUGAUGGGGUUGAGAAUGAGGGUGGAUUCGACCCGGCUGCUGCACCGCCGUUUCGGUUGGCCGAUAUUCGGGCUGCCAUUCCGAAGCAUUGUUGGGUUAAGGAUCCUUGGAGAUCAAUGAGCUAUGUUGUGAGGGAUGUGGUUGUGGUGUUUGGCUUGGCGGCUGUUGCUGCUUACUUCAACAAUUGGGUUGUUUGGCCUCUUUACUGGUUUGCUCAAGGAACCAUGUUUUGGGCUCUUUUUGUUCUUGGUCAUGAUUGUGGGCAUGGAAGUUUCUCUAACGAUCCAAAACUCAAUAGUGUUGUUGGCCAUAUUCUUCAUUCUUCAAUUCUAGUUCCAUAUCAUGGAUGGAGAAUAAGCCACAGAACUCAUCACCAGAACCACGGCCAUGUCGAAAACGACGAAUCAUGGCAUCCUUUGUCUGAGAAAAUCUAUAAGACUUUGGAUAAAGCAACAAAAACAUUGAGGUUCACUUUGCCUUUCCCCAUGCUUGCAUACCCCAUCUAUCUGUGGAGUAGAAGUCCUGGUAAGAAGGGCUCUCAUUUCGACCCGAAUAGUGAUUUGUUUGUCCCGAGCGAGCGGAAUGAUAUCAUUACAUCUACUGUAUGUUGGACUGCAAUGCUUGCUCUGCUUGGGUGUUUAUCUGCAGUGAUGGGUCCUCUCCAAAUCCUCAAACUUUACGGAAUUCCCUACGUGAUGUUUGUCAUGUGGCUGGAUGUGGUCACAUACCUGCAUCACCAUGGUCACGACGAUAAACUUCCUUGGUAUCGUGGAGAGGAAUGGAGUUACUUAAGAGGAGGAUUAACCACUCUCGAUCGCGAUUACGGAUGGAUCAACAACAUCCACCACGACAUUGGAACCCAUGUCAUUCACCAUCUCUUCCCUCAGAUCCCACACUAUCACCUUAUAGAAGCAACCGAGGCAACAAAACCAGUGCUCGGAAAGUAUUAUCGGCAACCAGAGAAAUCAUGGCCUCUCCCCUUCCACUUAUUGGGAGUUCUAGUAAAAAGCAUGAAAAAGGAUCAUUUCGUGAGCAAUUCUGGGGACAUUGUAUAUUAUCAGACCGAUCCCGACCUUUCUUGAUCAAAGCAACAAGACUGAGAUACUGCUCAUCACCAGUAUAUCAAAAUUCUUUUCUAAUAGUUCGUGAGCCAUUCGAGUUUGACCUCGAAUAAACUUCCAAGGGGGAAGAAGCUCUGUUCAUGAUGAUAGUAUUCAUAUUUACAUAUUAUUAUUGCCAUAUAGAACAAAAAUUGGCAUUAGUUUUGCUUGAAUUCUGUUUAAUAACUAUUAGUGAAAAUAUAUGGAUGCCGUAACACCAAUCACAAUGGUGUUACAUUACA